AUGCCUUCAGACUCGACGACUACUGCGACUCCUCUCCGAAUUACGAUCGUUGGCGCUGGCCUGGGUGGUCUUGCGGCUGCCGUGGCCUUACGGCAGAUUGGGCACAUCGUUCAAGUAUUCGAGCGGUCAGAGAACAAGACCGAGGUCGGCGCGGCGCUAGGGAUCCAGCCCAACGCGAUGCGCGUAUUGAAGCACCUCGGCGUCCAAGUGGAAAAUUUCAAAGGCGUGUUUGUUACGGGGGUGUCGAUGCGCUUCGGCUGCAAAGUGCUCUCUUGCUCCCCAGAGGAAGGCACUGUGGUUCUUGAGACGGGGGAGACCAUCCACGCAGACCUGGUCAUUGGAGCAGAUGGCAUCCAGUCGCUCAUCCGUACGCAUGUGCUCGGAUAUGUGCAGGACGCCACACCCACCGGCAUCGCUUGUUGCCGUUCAGUGUUCAACGCGACUCCUACGGAUGGCAGCUUCUCGGGUCUGGAGUGGCUCAGCGAAGGAGACCCUGGCGUUCGCUCUGUCGCCUGGAAAGGCCUGCCCUUCCGGAUGAUCCUCUGUUAUCCGUGCAGAAACGGAGAGCUCGUCAAUUCGGCUCACUUCUACACGGAAACAGAGAAAGAGAAGCAGGACGUCUCGCACCCAGCUUCGACUCCGACGAUGUCCCCGGCGCAGGUGCGGGCCAAGUUUGCGGACUACCACCCCAAGUUCCACCGCCUGCUCGACCUGCCGAACCACGCGGGAAAGAUCUUCCGCUGGCGGCUCCGUGUGCUUCCUGCGAUCCCGACUUGGUGUAAAGGUCGCACUGCACUCCUCGGAGAUGCGGCGCAUGCCACGCUCCCUUUCUUGGCCCAGGGUGCGGCGAUGGCGAUCAAGGACGCGGGUGUGCUCGCGUGUAUGCUGCCGCUUGGCACCACGCGGGAGGAUGUCUCGGCGCGCCUUGCAGUGUGGGAAGACCUCCGCAAGCCAAGAGCAGAUUUCGUGAACAAGACAACCAUCGAGCAGAUGGAAUUUAUCAUCGCUGGGCAACAAGGGACUGCGCUUGGUGACACGCGGUCCAAGUUGGCAGAAUAUGAUGCAAUCGCAGCCGGUCGCCUGGCUUAUCAGGAAAAGUUCGAACGCGUUUGA